GUUACCCAGUGCAACUUUAAUCUGUUUAAAUAUAUUAAAUAUAUAGAUGGACACACAUAGAUAACCAUCUGAGUCAGCGUAGAAGCUGUUUGUCCUGGUUAUCAACCACUGAUUCCUGCGUUUGCUCUAAAAUUCUGGUCGUAGCCUCCACUGAAGACUCUGAUGCUGAGACACAGUAACCUGCAGUGGAAACUCUCAUGGCCUUAAUAGGUGUCGUUGCACAGGCGCUGCAGCCUGUCUGUGUCACAGUCAACAAAUGUGCUCCACUAGAAUAAGUAGCUUCUUGCUCUGCAGAUAAAUGCAGAGCAAUUUUUUUAAAUGCAUCCCUGUCCAGUACACCAGGUCUGUUCUCCAGACUGACUUCACUCUGUGUCUGUGCUGUGGGCACCCGUUGGGGAGGGGAGGAGGGGAGGAAGAGGGUCAGUGUGGGUUCACACUCUCUCACAGUCAAGCCUCUUGUAUUUGUGCGGUGCCUUUGUUUGCUGCGCUAAUGUGGGAGGGAACAGCAGACGACCCCCUGACUGUCGGCCAGAGAGGAUCAUGGGACACAUCACAUGACAUCCCCACUGCCCACUCCUGCUAUGUUCUGUUACAGAUUUACAACCAGAGGUAUGCAGCCAUAGGCAUGCUGGAAUGUGGAUAGAAUGACAUGUGGAUGGAUGAUAUAGAUGGGUGGACGGACACACAGAAGUUUAAAAAUAUAUUAAACGUCUGUUCUAUGGUAUGCAAGAUUUCAAUAAAGCUGUUCUAUAAAUGUCUUUGUCUCUACCUAGUGGCCAAAAUAAGAUGUGCACCUAUGAUGAACAAUUUUCUAACGGGAGCCGAAACAAGGAAAAUAGAACAUACUGCAUUACAAUAAAAACGUGUACUUUUAAAGAUUAAUUAAAGGUAUAAAUAGAGGAGGAUUUUCUGAAAUACUAAGUAUUAAAACAGAUCCCACAUUAUCCCCUUCAUUGGUAGGACAUUAGGUUUUAAAACUACGGUCCUAUUACAAUGCAGACUGUGUCGAUCCCUGAUGACGGGCUUCCUCUACAGGGCACAGAGGGGAGAUGCAUCCUCUGUGGUGAGAACCAGUAGGCCAGAAUUCUUUUAUAGCUAUUGCUCUAAGUACAGUAAAGGCAAGGAACCAAUCACAGUGCCUAACACAUUACAACCCAGUCUGAUAUGAACCCAUCAGGCAGUCCUGUGUGCUCCUAACACACUCUUACCUUUUAAGUGACUUCUGUGAUGUCACUGGGCUGUGACAUCACCCACUUUGUCAUUUGUUUGUAUUUCCUUUCAUCCUGAGCUUUGUGAUGUCACAUAUUUACACAGGAGCCGUGAGGUUAUGCUGAAUACACCACUGUGGAACCUGGAAGAAGUUAUGAAUGCCAUUAAACUCCACUCUGGUGAUUUUCCUCAAACACUCAGAAGACCGUCAGUUCUGGAUCAAGAUGUGACCACACGCAUCAUAAGGUUUUUUUUGAAGGAGGACAGAAUAGUCGGCAUUAAAUACUCUGUAAGAGCCAUAAUGCGGAGAAGCUCCCGACUACAAAUCUCAGGUUACUAUGACAGUGAGGGAAAACCAAUCAUUUCCUACAAAGAAAUCCUGUACAGAGUCUUCAAAAGACGCCGUUUUUUUCCUCGAAGAAAACUCUCUGUCAGCAACAUGGAUGAGAAAAUCGAUGAUUCCAUGAACGGCCUCUUUCAGUUCAGUCAGAGGAGCCUGUGGUGGAUCAUCUUCAUCUUAUUAUGUAUUGGUUUAGCUUUCUUCAUACCUUCAUGGACGGGCAGCUCUUUUGAUCCAGGACAAUACGUCUCCCUCUGUCUGUCGAGAAUAUUAGCUUUCAUCCAUACACUCAUGGACGGCUCUCCAGACCACAGUGUGACAGAGUCACCCAUCAUUGAGAUUAAAGGUCCACCUGAACCGUGUCGACAUAUUGAGGAAUCAUCCCAUCAGAUGGAGGACGAGCUGCUGACUUUGAGGAGGAGACUCACCACUCUUUUCCCUCUCGCUGACUCACUGACCAACUUUGCCCUCAAGUCUCUAGGAGCUAGAAUAGUCCAUUCUCUAACGUCAGAAGCGUACCAGACGCCUCAGCCCCACUGGACAUUUUUUGGAAUACCUCUGUGGCGAUCAGCUGUGGGUGCUAGUGUAGUGAUUGAGGGACAUUCGACUCUUCUUCCAGGUCGCUGCUGGCCCUUCCCAGGUGAUCAGGGUCAUUUAGUUAUCGGACUUCCGUUUCCUGUGGUCAUCAGUCACGUGUCUCUGGGCCACAUCUCAAACAGCUCGUCCCCAAGUGGAACCAUCGACGCUGCUCCCAAAGUGUUUUCUAUCUAUGGCAUGGAAUACUUGGACUGUGAAAUGUCCCGGUUAGGAACCUUUCUCUACGAUCGGGACGGAGGUCAAAUGCAAACUUUCAAAAUACCAGCGAACAAAACUGGAACCUUCAAUUAUGUCAAGCUCCAGGUGGAGAGCAACUGGGGUCACCCCAACUACACCUGUGUGUACAACCUUAGAGUUCAUGGACGAUGGCAGAACGAGGUGGGUGGAGACACAACGUCGUGGGGGUGACGUGGACGAUGUUGAUGCGACGUUGGUACAACGAUCACAUCCUUUGCAGCAGUUCUGCAGGAGCAGUUUGUUUUGUGACUAUGAGGCUGUGGGUCGGUGGUUGAGUGGAUCAGCCUCCUUCAGAGAAGUCAUGGUUAGAUUCCCAGCUCCUCUACAUGCCAAUGUGUCCCUGGGCCUGACGCUGAACCCAAGACCUCCUCUGCUGACUAUACUAGCAGAGAGCCAAUGGUUGAAGUAGGUAUGUGAAAAAGGAAACGGCUGAAGAGAUGUUCUUUAAGAAUAAGGGAGUGAAAACAGGAGACAUGUAGAUGAGAACACAGCAGAGAACCUGCACAAGAGGCACGAGGAUUUAAGAAUGGUGCUGAAGAGCAGGUCAGCAGGUCAGAUGUUGAAAUCAGGGAACUACCUAAAUGAAAAAAAGUCAAAUUAAAAAUGGAAUAUGAUAUUGAUGAGAUGGAAUAGGAGUUAGUGAAUAAUUAUAAUAAUAAAUAAAGUGAUUAAUAAUAAUAAUAUAUGAAGAACUCUGCAAAAUCCUGCAGAUUGGAUACUUCAUCUCUAUGUCAGGGCAUGUGGGACAGGGUUCAGGGGCCGCAGGCAGGUACCUGCUAAUGUUAAAGACUGAGUGUGCAGGAGCAGCAGCAGGAGGAGGAGGAGCAGGAGGAGGAGCAGGAGGAGGAGGUGAAAGAGGUGGAGGUGGCGGCGAUUGAAAGAAAUCACCUGCCACUUAUUUAAACAAGACUAGAGAAAAGGCAGAGGCCCAGACUGAGAGACCAGCAGCUCUGGUUGUAAA